AGAGAACCCUUUUAAGCUUAAAGACAGGAAAUGGAGACACCCAAAGAACAUCAAACAAAGAAGGCAACAUCAACAACAAAGAAACAACGAAUUGCUUUUCCAGUUAUGACAUGGGGAAUCAAGAACCAUUUUCAUUCAAUUGCUGUCCUUGUAACAGUUCUAGUCAUUUCUACCAUCUACCUCACAGGAAAGAACAACAUGAAAUCGUCUCAAGACAGUCUCGCGACACAUAAAAACUCCGGCGAUUCGCCGUCCCAAUGCAAUUUGUUUUCAGGCAAAUGGGUUUUUGAUAACUCUUCAUACCCUCUAUAUUCAGGGAACCAAUGCACUUACAUGUCAGAUCAAGUGGCCUGUGAGAAAUUUGGGAGAAAGGACUUGAGUUAUCAGAAUUGGAGAUGGCAACCACACCAAUGUGACCUCCCAAGGUUCAAUGCCAAGGCAUUGCUGGAGAAACUGAGAGGGAAAAGGCUUGUUUAUGUUGGGGAUUCCCUUAAUAGAGGUCAAUGGGUAUCUAUGGUUUGCCUUGUAGAGUCUUCAAUACCUCCUUCACAGAAGUCUAUGCAUAGUAAUGGGUCUUUGAUCACCUUCAAGGCCAUGGAGUAUAAUGCAACAAUAGAGUUCUACUGGUCUCCUCUUUUGUUGGAAUCAAAUUCAGAUGAUCCAGUAAACCAUCGUCUACCUGAUCGAAUUGUCAGAAUUGAAGCAAUCGAGAAGCAUGCAAGAUACUGGACAGAUGCAGAUGUACUAGUCUUUAACACCUAUCUUUGGUGGAGAAGACCCAAAAUGAAGCUCUUGUGGGGCUCUUUUGAUAGGCUCGAUGAUGGAAUCUAUAAAGAGGUAGAGAUGCUGCGCAGCUAUGAAAUGGCCCUGAAGACAUGGUCGGACUGGUUGGAUAUCCAUGUGAACCGGACCAAGACCCAGUUGUUCUUUGUUAGCAUGUCCCCCACACACUUGCGGAAGCAUGAGUGGAGCAAUGCAAGAGAGGGGAAUUGUUACAAUGAAACAAAGCUCAUAACAAAAGAAGGAUACUGGGGGGAAGGAUCAGAUCUGAGGAUGAUGAGGUUAGUGGAAGCGGCGAUCGAGGAGUUGGGGAAGAGAGGAUUAACGGUGCAGAUGUUGAAUAUCACGCAGAUGUCGGAGUACCGGAAAGAAGCCCACCCUUCCAUAUACAGGAGGCAAUGGGAACCUCUCACCCAAGAACAACUCUCCAACCCUACUUCCUAUGCCGAUUGUACUCAUUGGUGCCUCCCCGGCGUACCAGGCGCCUGGAAUGAGCUUCUCUACACCCUCCUCCUUCCUCCUUCCUCUUCUUCAUGAUAAGAAC